AUACCCAAAGGGAAAACAUGUCUCUUCCGGAUAAAUUGCCACCUCUACCCGUCUCGGAGGCGUCAAGACCACCAUCAAAAUUUCUCAUUAAUCUGGUUAUGGCAACCAUAUUUGCUACAACUUUGUCGUAUCGAGGUCUGCGGAAGCACUCCCUUUCCAAGAGUGGCGCAUUGGCUGCUUGGGUGGUUGGCUUUUUAAGCAUGGGGGCAUCUCUCCGGUUCGGUGCUCUGAUGAUUCUAUUUUACCAAAGCAGCUCAAUGCUCACCAGGUAUCGAUGUGAAACGAAGGCACUUUUGGAAGAAGAUCACAAGCAAGGGGGCCAACGCUCUGCAGCCCAAGUCCUUGCCUGCUCUUUUUUGGGCACCCUGAUCGCGGUUGCCUUCGUCUUCCUCCUCGGCCCCGACGACCUCCCCUUAAAUUUUGAAGCGAGCCCAUUGCGUAGUCGACUUCUCUGUGCGUACGUGGGUCACUAUGCAUGUUGCAACGGGGACACGUGGGCGUCCGAAAUUGGCAUAUUGAGUCCUUCAUCCCCGCGCUUGGUCACGGCCGGCUUUCGACGGGUCGUGCCCAGGGGUACGAACGGUGGUAUGUCCUUGACGGGCACCUUGGCAUCUAUCGCUGGAGGUGCACUGAUUGGGACCGGUCACAGCAUCCUCGGUUUUGUCCUUGGAAUGCCAGAUGACGCCUCCGGGGCUGGAUGGUGCCCAGGCUGGUUCUUCAUGACUGUGAUCGGGGCCGCAUGUGGUUUCAUCGGCUCUUUGUCCGACUCGAUCCUGGGUGGACUUUUCCAAGCGACCUGGUACUGCGCGGAAAAGAAGAGGGUGGUGAAGCAUCCGACAGCUCAGGAGCGGCAAGGGCGGGGCGCGGAGCAGGUGCGAUUAAUCAGCGGCCUGGAUCUGUUGAGCAACGAGCAUGUAAACCUGAUAUCCAUCGCGCUUUCCACGGCUCUCGCCCCCGUUUUGGGGCGUUUGCUCUGGUGAAGUAGGUAGACGGGUGGGCAGUUGCCUUUAGCGUGCAGACUUACGGCCUGCGGUCGACGACGUGAAUAUACGCCUGAGCAUGCUUUCCGUUCUCAG